CUCCGCCGCCAUGGCCUGGACCAAGUACCAGCUGUUCCUGGCUGGGCUCAUGCUUGUCACUGGCUCCAUCAACACGCUCUCGGCAAAGUGGGCAGACAACUUCGUGGCCCAGGGCUGCGGAGGGAGCAAGGAGCACAGCUUCCAGCAUCCCUUCCUUCAGGCAGUGGGCAUGUUCCUGGGGGAGUUCUCCUGCCUGGCUGCCUUCUACCUACUCCGGUGCAGAGCUGCAAGGCACCCAGACUCCAGCAUGGAUCCCCAGCAGCCUUUCAACCCCCUUCUUUUCCUGCCUCCAGCCCUCUGCGACAUGACCGGAACCAGCAUCAUGUAUGUGGCCCUGAACAUGACUAGCGCCUCCAGCUUCCAGAUGCUGCGGGGAGCAGUGAUCAUAUUCACAGGCCUGUUCUCGGUGGCCUUCCUGGGACGGAGGCUGGCGCUGAGCCAGUGGCUGGGCAUCCUGGCAACCAUCGCGGGGCUGGUGGUCGUAGGCCUGGCCGACCUCCUGAGCAAGCACGAUGAUCAGCACAAACUCAGUGAAGUGAUCACAGGGGACCUGUUGAUCAUCAUGGCCCAGAUCAUUGUCUCCAUCCAGAUGGUGCUAGAGGAGAAGUUCGUCUACAAGCACAAUGUGCACCCACUGCGGGCCGUCGGCACUGAGGGCCUCUUUGGCUUUGUGAUCCUCUCCCUGCUGCUGGUGCCCAUGUACUACAUCCCUGCCAGCUCCUUCAGUGGAAACCCUCGUGGGACGCUGGAGGAUGCACUGGAUGCCUUCUGCCAGGUGGGCCAGAAGCCGCUCAUCGCCCUGGCGCUGCUGGGCAACAUCAGCAGCAUUGCCUUCUUCAACUUCGCGGGCAUCAGCGUCACCAAGGAGCUGAGCGCCACCACCCGCAUGGUGCUGGACAGCCUGCGGACCAUUGUCAUCUGGGCACUGAGCCUGGCACUGGGCUGGGAGGCCUUCCACGCGCUGCAGAUCCUCGGCUUCUUCAUCCUCCUGACAGGCACUGCCCUCUACAAUGGGCUGCACCGCCCGCUGCUGACCCGCCUGUCCCGGGGCCGGCCCCCGGCGGAGGAGGGAGAACAUGAGAGACUGCUGGGUGCCUCUCGGACUGCCAUCAACGAUGCCAGCUGAGUCUCCUGCAGGGACUCUGCUGCCCCCUGGAUGCACCUUGUUCACCUGGAGGCUGAGGCCACACAGGCUGGUGAGCCUCAAGUGCCCUGUCCCCAAGGCCUCCCCCUGCCCCUCCCCACAGACCCCAGGACAGCUGCUGCCACAGAAUUUGACAGGACACCCAGGUCCCCUUUUGUCACCACCCUCUGCAAAAAGGUGUUACCCAGCCCCUAUAGGCAUGGGUACAGUGACCAGCCCCAACAGGCUCCCCCCAACCCCAAACCCCUCCGGCAACACUAGAGCUAAAUCGUGAAAUGGAAAUGCAGGAGCUAACAACCGUGGGAUUUCCUCCUAAAUCGAAAACUAAAAUUGGUUCUCCAAAGAAAAGAGGUGAGGGAGCAAAUUCAAGCCAGAACUAAGUAUUGUAUUUUUAAAAACUCGUAAGACGUUCUCUAGUCUAGUUUGGAGCCCUGGGUUUCGCAAACUCACUGUAUGCUCCCCAGCCCAUUACCUAGUCACUCUGGGCCUUGGUGUCCUGCUCUGUAAAGCAGAAGGUGUCAAGGCUGUGGCUUCAGGGCCUUCCAACCCCAGCUGGGCCCAUUCUGUGGGCCCGUCAUCCUGGGAAAGGAGUAAUAACCGUUUAUUGGAAAUUCCCCUCUGCCCACAGUGUCUCCUCCCCAGGCCUGUUUUGGUGUCCUGUGUCCUUGCUCACACACCCUCAGGGCCUCCCUUCCUGGGAGAGAUUACAGGGGAAUUACAGGCAGCCCUCCAUAGCAGCUUUUAUGAACUCUGCACCUUCCAUUUUAAAGAUGAAGAAACUGAGAUACAAAAUGGUAAAUUAUUUGGCAAAAGGAAUGUCCUGCCAUAGGCUCUGGUCAUGCAAGCCACGUGAUCCUGCCACAGGCUGGAAUCUAGAGCACAGCUGGAACUCAGCUCCACCCCAGCAACCUGACUCCGUAGAGCACUCUCCAGGGCGAUGGAUUGACCAGGAUUCUACCAUUAAGAGUAAUUUUGGUAUCCCAAACAUUAUAUUAAGUGCAUAAUUUUCAUUCUCUUGCAAAACAGCCUGCACACAGGUCAGUGCAGAUGAGAAAACCACAGCCCAGGGAAGGUUAAGUGACUUCCUCAUGGUGUCAGUCUUCCAAGCAAGGUUUGCCUGUUUUCAAAUCUGUGGCCCCAUAUGGGUCUCUCUGGCGUCUCUCGGGGGAGUUUCCUGUGGCCAAGAGAGAAGUAUCAUGUGCUCGUGUCUUCCUGGGAACCCUAGCCUGAAGGGAGAAGACUAGCAUCAGGGACCUCAAGAUGCUGAGCAGCCCCUCAUUCCAACAUUUUUCACUCGGCAGUUUCUGGAGCCUCAGACCAUUUUCCUGGGCAGCUCAAUCAUAAAACAAAACACCAAAUGCCUUCCUUAAAAUAGAUUCUGGGGGAAGGGAUCUUUGACAAGCAAAACCCUAGGGCUGUGUGGGAAUCCAACAGGUUAUUAAAGUUUGUUGGGAAAAGAGGGUCUUUCCAUCUCACCAGCUCAGAAUCCCAGGGGCCCCUGCAUGUCUCUGGGCGAUGAUGUAUAUCACAGGAAGCAGGAAAUGGAGAAUGAGGGUGGUCUGGACUAUAGCUGCCUUUCCAAAAAAACUGGGGCCUUAGAAUGUUGUUUUAGGCAUUAUUUAAAAAAGAAAAGAAAAGGGAAAUUGGCAGUGUGGACUUUUCUUAAUGAGGGAAGGAGCUCCAGGGCUGGACGUUCCUGGGUGUAACGACUAGAAUGUUGGAUGGAAAGCUCUAAUGUACCGAAGAAUCACCCAGUCCACCCUGUGUUGUUCAGGUGAAGAGACAAACACAGAGAGAGGGUGGAACUUCCCAAGGUCACACCACCAGUGACAAGCAAAGCCAGAGCUGCUCGUUCUCAUUCCUUGCCCACCUGCUUUUGCCACAGAACGCAGCCGGGAGCCGUGCCAGGAAUCCGGGACCGCUGCCCAACCCGUGCACUCGGCUGUGAAAACUGCCUAAGAGGGCGUCAAGGAAGCACUUGGCUUUUAUUCAAGUGCUGCCAUGGAAGACUGUUGAUUUUAACGUUGAAGGCUUGGGGAGAAUUAUAAUGGGACUUCAGUGGUGAGGGGUGGCAGAGCAUGGGGAGGGGAACGCCCUGUCGAGCCUGCCACCAACUCAGGCAAAUCGCUUUACCUCCUGGAGCUUUGGGUCCUCACAUUUUUAAAAUGAGAAAGCCAGUCUCCAUCUGGCAGGAUGAGCGUGAAAGUUACAUAAGAUAAUAAAUUGCAGGUGCCUGUGAAUGCCGACGCACAGAGGGGUCUGUGUAAGGCUGCGCCGUCCACUAGGGGGGUCUGUCAGGGGCACUGAAGUCACGGCUGGGCACAGCUCGGAGUAUCGGCUCUGCUCACAGGAGAGGAAAUAUUUUAUUAAAAUAUACCAUCAUGAAGUAAAAUGUAAAAUUCACAUCAAUUGCGGGAUAAAACAUGCCUCAGGAAGAUUUUAUGCUGAUGGUAUAUACCCUCCCAGCCCCUAGAGAUGUGUUCACUGUAUCCUAUUGUCACAAGUGUUUUGAAGGCUGAGUGUGAGAGGCUUUGCCGUGUCGUGCUGGUCAUGUGAAUGGGAGGCUAAGGACCUCCACUCUCCCACUGAGUCCGGAGGGCUGUAGUGACCAUCUAGCUGUGGCCUACUGUUCUGAAUGGAGUAAGGAGGCCUGAAUGAUGGAGGUGUGGCAUGGAGGCCCCAAACCCCUAAAUCAGAAUUGCCUGAUAACAGACCUCUGUAAACAUCUCUUCAAAUACAAUGUAAAUUAAAGCA